AUGCCCAUUUCCAACGGCGACGCUGCUCCCGGUUCCGCGAUGAAGGCUGAGAUCGAGGACUACACCAAGGCCUUGGAGGUCUUGGAGACGUACAAAACCCGUGAUGGCCUGGAUGUCGAUACUCUCAUCGACUCCGACAAGCACGGUGCCUUGACCUACAAUGACUUCCUGGUCCUGCCUGGCUACAUCGGCUUCCCGGCCUCCGAUGUCACUCUGGACACCCCGGUCACCAAGCGCAUUUCGCUGAAGGUCCCUCUUCUGUCGUCGCCCAUGGACACGGUCACGGAGCACAACAUGGCCAUCCACAUGGCUCUGCUCGGUGGUCUGGGUGUCAUCCACCACAACUGCUCUCCUGAGGACCAGGCCGAGAUGGUCCGCAAGGUCAAGCGGUACGAGAACGGCUUCAUCCUCGACCCGGUCGUUCUCUCGCCCAAGGCCACCGUCGGUGAGGCCAAGGAGCUCAAGGCCAAGUGGGGUUUUGGUGGUUUCCCUGACGGAUCCCUUCGCUCCAAGCUGAUUGGUAUGGUUACCUCCCGGGACAUUCAGUUCCACCCCCAAAACGAGGACCCAGUGACUGCCAUCAUGGCCACCGACCUCGUCACCGCUCCUGCUGGUACCACCCUGUCCGAGGCCAACGAGGUCCUCCGGCAGUCCAAGAAGGGCAAGCUGCCCAUUGUGGAUACCAAUGGCAACCUUGUCUCGCUGCUCUCCCGCUCCGACCUGAUGAAGAACCUUUACUACCCUCUGGCUUCGAAGCUCCCUCACUCCAAGCAGCUGAUCUGUUCGGCUGCCAUUGGUACCCGUGAGGAGGACAAGCACCGCCUCAAGCUGCUCGUCGAGGCUGGUCUGGAUAUCGUCAACCUGGACAGCAGCCAGGGCAACAGCGUGUACCAGAUUGAGAUGAUCAAGUACGUCAAGAAGACCUUCCCCGAGAUCGAUGUUAUCGCCGGCAACGUCGUUACUCGGGAGCAGGCUGCUGCCUUGAUUGCUGCCGGCGCCGAUGGCCUGAGAAUUGGCAUGGGCAGCGGUAGCGCUUGUAUCACCCAGGAGGUUAUGGCCUGCGGCCGUCCCCAGGCCGCUGCCGUCCGCAGCGUCUCAUCCUUCGCUGCUCGCUUCGGCGUCCCCUGUAUCGCCGACGGUGGUAUCCAGAACGUCGGCCAUAUCGUUAAGGGCCUGGCGAUGGGUGCCAGCACCGUCAUGAUGGGCGGUCUCCUUGCCGGUACCACUGAAUCUCCCGGUGAGUACUACGUCAGCAACGAGGGUCAGCUCGUCAAGGCCUACCGUGGCAUGGGUAGUAUCGCGGCCAUGGAGGACAAGAAGGCCGGCGGCAGCGCCAAGGACAGCAAGGCCAGCAACGCCGGUACCGCUCGCUACUUCUCCGAGAAGGCCAGCGUGCUGGUCGCCCAGGGUGUGGCCGGCUCCGUGCUGGACCGUGGCUCCGUCACCAAGUUCAUCCCCUACCUUGUUGCCGGUGUCCAGCACUCCCUGCAGGAAAUUGGCACUAAGAGCGUGGCCGCUCUUCACGACGCGGUCAACAAUGGCACUGUCCGCUUUGAAAUGAGAAGCGCCAGCGCCAUGGCCGAGGGUAACGUGCACGACCUGCACAGCUACGACAAGAAGCUUUACGCGUGCAAAAAGCGAUGGCACCGCGAAGAAGCCACCCGCAUUGCCGCGUCCCAGUUCAAGAACGAGAUUCUGCUCCUUCACCGGGUGCAGACCUCUAGCUCUUUUGCAUCUGCCCAUGUGUUUCCGGGCGGUAACCUGUCCAGCCAGGACGGAGAAUGCCCGCCUCCUGAGGCUCGGACACGGCACGAUGACGCUCCUUGCUACCGACGUGCUGCGAUCCGGGAACUCUUCGAGGAGAGCGGUGUUCUUCUCGCCAAAGAUGCAGAGUCGGGGAAGAUGAUCGCUGUUAACGAGGAGAAGAGAGAGAAGGGCCGGCGCCUCAUUCAUCAGAACGAGGUUAGCUUUGCGGAGUGGUUGAAGCGGCAACACCCGGCUGCGGUGCCGGAUAUCGAUAACUUGAUUCCAUUCACCCAUUGGGUGACCCCACAGAACGUGCCGAAGCGGUAUACCACGCAAAUGUAUCUCUACUUCAUGCCUCUACCAGUCAACGUGGAUAAGAGCCUACUCAAAGAACUGCCCUCCGAAGGCGAACGCGACGAACUCCAAGUCCCCACGGCAGACGGCGGAAUCGAGGUAACAGAGGCACAAUUCCUGCCCGCCUCGGAAUGGCUCCGGCGCGCACGCAACGCGGAGGUCAUUCUUUUCCCGCCGCAGUUUCUGCUCCUGCACCUGGUCUCGGAGUUUCUGGACCAGGCGCCCCGGGCGAAUAUUUCCGUCGAAGAAAUGGAGAAGCGCCGUGCGGCACUGGUUGAAUUCGUGCAUUCGAGCUCGCCGCCUUGGACAGAUAAGUUUAUCUCGCCGAAGAUGCUCACCAUGACGGAGGAUGGACGCACUGUUCUGGCGUUGGAUGAUCCUGGCGUCGAACUUAAGGGGUUGGGGAAGCAGGGCGAGUCCGACAGGGUUGUUCUGGUACGGUUUAAGAAGGGGAGUGUUAGAGAGGUGGAUGUGGGCUGGAGGAAGGAGGUGUUGCGGGAGGAGAGGGAGAAGAGUAAUCUGUAG